UCAUUCAAAUCAAAUGUAGAUCAGUUUCACAGUCGACAUGGCCACGCAAGCAACCUCCGUUCCGGCCUCAGCCCCACCACCGAGUCGUGAAGCUUUGAUUGUAGUUUCCAAUCGAUUGCCAUUCGUCCUCAAAAGGAAUGAAAACGGCCAGUGGGAACGUAAAGCUAGCGCCGGUGGACUGGUUACAGCAGUAGCUCCGGUCGUUGCUCGAUGCAAUGGAUUGUGGGUCGGUUGGCCGGGCAUUUUCCUCGAACCAGGCGAAAUCGAACCGGCCAUUCCCGAGUCUAAAGAAGGAAAAUGUACACCAACUGCCGGUCUUUUAUCCAAGCAGAUUCUGCCCGUCUUCAUGGAGAAAGAUCAAUUUGGACAGUUUUACAAUGGCUGCUGCAACGGCACGUUCUGGCCGCUGUUUCACUCCAUGCCAGACCGAGCCAUUUUCUUCGCCGAACACUGGAAGGCUUACGUUGAAGUGAAUCAAUUCUUCGCCGACAAAGCCAUGGCAGCCGUCGACCGUCUGGUCCAACAAGACAAGGACGUCCUUCCACUCGUCUGGGUCCACGACUACCACUUGACGCUGGCAGCCGCUCUCAUCCGCCAACAAGCUGCCGAGAAAGGCGUUCACAUCAAGCUGGGCUUCUUCCUUCACAUUCCGUUUCCGCCGUGGGACAUAUUCCGUCUUCUUCCAUGGGCCAAUCAAGUGCUUGAAGGAUUGCUGGGCUGUGACAUGGUCGGAUUUCACAUCGAGGACUACUGUCUCAACUUCUUGGACUGUUGCCAACGCCAACUCGACUACAGGGUCGACAAGAAGAAUUUCAUUGUCGAACACCAAGGGCGCAAGAUUUCCGUCCGUCCUCUGCCCAUCGGCAUUCCUUUUGACAAAUUCACUAGAAUGGCGGAAGAAGCUCCGAGGGUCGUUCGCGAGUCGAAAGAGAAGAUUAUUUUGGGCGUGGACCGGCUGGAUUACACGAAAGGAUUGGUUCACCGUCUGCGUGCCUACGAGAAUUUGCUGACGAAACAUCCCGAGUACAUUGAGAAAGUUAUUUUCCUGCAGAUUUCGGUGCCGUCGCGCACGGACGUGAAAGAGUAUCAAGACCUCAAGGAAGAAAUGGAUCAGGUUGUCGGCAAGAUUAACGGCCAGUUUUCCACGGCCAAUUGGUCGCCCAUCCGCUACAUUUACGGGUCCAUUUCUCAGGCGGAAUUGGCGGCUUUUUAUCGCGACGCCUCUGUCUGUGUCGUCACGCCGCUCCGCGACGGAAUGAAUUUGGUGGCCAAGGAGUUUGUCGCCUGUCAGAUUGAGGACCCUGGCGUCUUGAUCUUAUCUCCGUUCGCCGGAGCGGGAGAAAUGAUGCACGAGGCUCUAAUCGUCAAUCCCUACGAGGUGGAUCUGGCGGCCGAAAUGAUCCAUCGGGCACUGAGUAUGUCGCUGGACGAACGCCAAGUUCGAAUGACUCAUUUGAGGAAGCGUGAAAAAUUGAACGAUGUCGACGCCUGGACGGCCGCCUUCCUCAAAGCUAUGGACAGUUCGUUGCUGGGAGUAGUUGGCGCAGCUGUCUGUCGCCCGGGAGAAGAAGUCGGCCAGAUGUUGACCACUCCAGAAGAUUUCGAUCGGUUUCUAUCCGACUAUCUGAGCGGCGGUGACAAGUUGGCGAUUCUUCUCGAUUAUGACGGGACGUUGGCGCCCAUUGCACCGCAUCCGGACAUGGCCAUCAUUCCCAACGAAACGAAACGCGUUCUGGAACGGCUGUCAAACUGUCCGGACGUCUACGUGGCCAUCAUUUCUGGCCGUGGCGUGGCCAGUGUCAAAUCGAUGGUCGGAAUUGAGAAUAUAACGUACGCCGGCAAUCACGGACUGGAGAUUGUCCAUCCGGACGGGACGAAAUUCACUCAUCCCAUGCCGUCCGAGUUUGAAGACAAGGUCAGUCAACUGAUGGAGAAGUUGCAGGACGAAGUUUGCAGUUACGGCGCUUGGGUGGAGAAUAAAGGCGUCCUGUUGACUUACCACUACCGGGAAGCGCCUGAAGAUGUCCGGGACGAUUUAGUUGAACGAGCUCGUUUCCUAAUUGAAGCUUACGGUUUCAAUUGCUUUCCGGCUUUGUGUGCGCUGGAGGCCAAGCCGCCCGUCGAAUGGGAUAAAGGCCGCGCUGCCAUUUACAUUCUGCGCACAGCUUUCGGCGUUGACUGGAGUGAGCGCAUCCGCAUCGUAUUUGCCGGCGACGAUGUCGGAGAUGAGGAUGCCAUUGUCGCCUUGAAAGGUAUUGGGGCCACGUUUCGUGUGGGUUCGGAUAUGGAGAUCAUCACGGCUGCCGACCGCCGACUGCCCAACACGGACGUUGUGCUGGCGCUGUUGAAAUGGAUCGAACGUUUUAUGAUGCACCGAAAACCGCCACGUUUUAGCGCUAGCAUGACGAUGGUCGUGCCCAUCCAUCCGGCCGGACCCUUGGUGCCUUCCUACGCCACGCAGCCUCUGGAAGCCCAAGUGGAAGUCGGCCAGUGAUUUGAUAUUUUCUUUCUUUCCUACGACAGGAAGGAAAAAAACAUGUUCUCCCCAUUUUGUAAACUUGAGCGGCGAUUCGCGUUCGAGCCCAUCGUAAACAAAGACCUAAUUGAAAUAAAAAUAGCACGGAACUUCACUUUGA